GUGUUUGCUUGUGCAGCCCCGCAAGGCUCUCGUGCAGACUGCUGUCCCUGUGUCCUUGGAGAACUGCCCAUCCUCCACAGGACAUUGUCCAAAGGUACCAUGGAGGCCCCCACCUGGAAGCAGACUGAGCAGACAGCUCUGUCCUCUCAGAACGCUACUCAUCCCUUCACAGAGAAUACAGUAGAGACGUUGGGUCAUGGUCUUCUGGAAGCCAGAUCUGAGGAAUUGGUCACAUUCAAGGACGUGGCUGUGAACUUCACCCAGGAGGAGUGGGGCCAGCUCAGCUCCCCCCAGAGAGCCCUGUACUGGGAUGUAAUGCUGGAGAACUACCAGAACCUCCUCGCCCUUGGGCCUCUGGUCUGCAAGCCUGCCAGGAUCUCCCAUUUGGAACAAGGUGAGACCCCGUGGUCUCCCACUCUCUUGCCUCUGUACCUCUGGCUGGAUUUUGGGUCGAAAUCCCAGCUCCCCUUUUUCAUCUGA